AUGCAUAGCUGUGAGAAAAUUUGGAAUUAUGUUAACACAAAACAUGAGUUUUUCAUUGUGAACAAGUAUGACCUUGUCAAAGUCAACCCUCAAGGGGAAGCCCUUCGUACUAAGGACACUGUUCGUGCCAAUGAGGAAGAAGAUGAAAUCAUGGAUAAUGAACCAAAUGACUUUGUUUCCAAUCAACCUGCAAAACGUGCAAAUCGCAGAUCCCCAGCUACAAACAUAGAUCAGAGAAUAGCAGUACGGUCUCUAUGGCGACAGGUUGUCGAUCCAGCUAUUAAACUCGUCUUCACACUUGGAAGUGUGACUGGACCAAAAUGGCGGAUAGAACAAGAGAGUAGAUUGUAUCAUGACAUUUUGCAGGAAAGUUUUGACGACCACCUGAACAGCACUUUGAAAAUCGUCAUGUCUUACAGCUGGGCCGUCAGAUAUUGUCCGAUGGCAGAUCUGCUUUUAUUUCUAAAUGACAAUUUUUACGUCGAACUCAACAAAAUGGCCGCUUACUUGCGAGUUUUAAUGGAGAAUAACAGCCGUGAUAUGUACAUUGGUAAAGUAGUAUCGUAUGUUCCACCUUACAGGGACCAAAGCGAACGACUAUUCUUUCCAUUUGAGUGGUACAUGUCCGAUGGUGUUCCAUCGUUUGUCCGCGGUGGCGCGUAUGCCGUCACGUAUGACGUAGCUCAGAAAAUAAACAUGGCGUUUCCGUACGUAAAAUACCUCAACAUUGAUGAUGUUUACGUUGGUAUCGUGGCUGACAAACUUUCCAUUCGUCCGUUAAAUGAUGAUCGUUUUGAUCCUAACAAUAACAAUGCUUUAGUGUGGGAAUGUUCCGAUGUGGCUACUGAGCUCCUACAGAAGAACUGUCCUCUGUCAGGAAAGAAUCGUCAAAAACUGAUCGACUAUAAAGAGGAAGUUCAAUUUAACUCAAAAUACAACACGACGAACCGGUACCUCUACUAUGGAAUGAACUUUUCCUACCCAUUGCAUAUCGACCUUCUGAAAUGUGUAUCGGCGGCUAUAUCACAAAACGAACCUAUACCUCAUGAACCGAUUAAUCCCCAUCCAUUCCACUACCUACAUCGACCACCCAGUUGUGCAUUCCCUCAGGAUCCAAAUGGCAAUAAAAACAUCCUCAUCAUGGUAAAAUCUUUUGUUGGAAAUUUUGAAUUGCGCCAGGCAAUUCGUUCAGUGUGGGAAAAGAUAGGAGAUUCUCAUAUCAAAAGGGUAUUUACACUAGGAUACCGAGAUACCAACCAAAGCAUGGUCCAGUUAGAAAGUAAAAAGUAUAAGGAUUUAAUACAAGAAGAUUACCUAGAUGCAUAUCUUAAUAAUACGUUAAAAACUAUAAUGUCGUUUAAUUGGGCGGUGAAGUUUUGUCGAACGGCAGAUUUUGUGUUCUUUGUGGACGACGACUACUACGUGAAAGAGCGCCAGCUGGCAGGUUAUCUACGAAGUUUGAAAAGGAAGAAAGACUUACUCCUCGGGAGACUGGUGAUCCAUGCGCCUCCCUACAGGGGCAAGGAAAAGUGGCAUUUAACAUACCAGCAAUAUCCUUAUAAUCGCUUCCCUCCUUAUCUUAGCGGUGGUGCAUUUGUAGCCAGUUUUGAUGUUGUUCGAAAGUUUUACUUUGCUUUUCCUUAUGUGAAAUAUUUGGGUCUAGAUGAUGUAUACUUGGGAAUUGUGGCCAAGAAAUUAUCAGUUAUACCUAGAAAUGAAACUUAUUUUGAUUCGGCUAAUGACUUUGCUAUUGCGAAGGAAUGUUCACACGACCCCCAACAGCUUCUUAAUGAACAAUGUACACUAAUUGGGUACGUUAUACCGACCACUGAGGAGCCUCUGGAAGAUUUACCUCCUAUUGGUGUGAUGGAACACGUCAAACGAUUGAUUCAUGUGACACUGUCUGGUCUCACCAAGAUGAUAGCCUCUAACCCUGCCGCGUAAUUAGCAGUAAUAUUCCCGAUCACCAAAACGUUUGGCCUGGUGACAUAUAAUAUGCAUUUCGUGGACAAUGACUAAUGUGUGAAAGAGCGUGAGUUGACUAGUUAUCUAGGAAUGUUAACGAGGGUACCUGUUAAAGACAACUGAAGAAAGAGGAGAAGAAACUAUCAUAAAUUCAUAAAAUUUAUUCUAUCAACGCCAUAUUUAUUUUUGUAUUUUGGAACAGAUCGGAAGAUAAAUUUAACAAUGCAUCGAUUGUUGAUUACAAGAAUACUAUUUCUGGUUGGUCUUAAACACUUCGAAUCGUCAGAAAGGAUAAUUUGAAGCAUAUGGAUUUGAAAUUUUAUUUCAUGAAAUGUAUGUGCUGUUUGCGUUUGCUACAUAAAAGAUUUAGAUACAGGAUUUGAUUUUUAGAAUAUGGCUUCUUCAUGUUUUAAACGCCAGAUUAUCCCUUUAUAUGGCGAAUGGAACGCGUUUGGUGACGUACUGAAGGCCAGGCCAAUGCAUAACAAAAUAAUCCUUAAUCUUUCAAUAUUAUAAGAAACCUCGAUCUUACACGUGCAGAAAUCUUACAUUGAGUAUCAUUGUUCGAUUCUUUAUGUCGUUACAUCAUAAAUGUAAUUAUCGUACAGUGGACUCCGUGUUAAAAUCUCAAAAUUAAAAUUCAAUAUGUCGGUAACUCCUGCCUGUCGUGCAUUAUGUCCAAGAUAAUAUACUAUUAUUAUUUUGUUUUAUACAAAACAAUAUAAACAAACAGUUUAUAAACUGUAUAGAUAAUACAACUUUAUCUGACAUUUGUUAGGAUUUAAAACGCGAAAUAGUAUCAUUGUAUGCCUUAAACUGUAACAAUCUUUGUCCUCGUAACGGUGUAGCAUGUAGAACAGAGUUGUCUCUCUUUGUCCGUAGAGACACACUCUCCUUCGUCCAGGUCAAGAAAAAUGAGCAAGCAGUUAGAAAAAAUCUACCCGUAUUAUAAAAGGUCGUAUCUGUGUGAUAAUGUACGGCAACACAUCUAGAAGUACAAAU